GUUUGCUUGCCAACAACAACAACAAUAGCAUCGUCGCCUCUGUCCAGCGACCACCACCAUCGUUCUGCAUUCACUUCCAACUCGAUUCCUACCACAAAAUAUUUAGCUUCUACAAAGAGUUUCUAAUUUGCGCACCUCCAAGGGUGUCUUCGAUCUACCCAGUCGCAUCCUUGUCACCUUCUUGCGCCUCAACCCCAAGCGCCGUCCCGCACCCGGCCCGAGUCGUUACUACCUGAUGCUCGUCCAAACGAGGCUUGAACUACGCGAUCAUGUCGAAGAGAGAUCGCCUGGCGAUGGACACCUUCUCCCCCACACACCAGCCCGACGAAGGCUACUCUGAGGAUCCCUUGGGAACCUCCGGGGACAACGAGCUCUCGAGCGCCCUGUCAAGCGUCAAAACCGAAGACCUGCCAGCCUGGAUCGCCUCGAACGCUUCUUACCUGCCCCUUGAGCUGAAGAAAGAGCUCACCAUGGCUCUCCUAAACCAGUUGCCCACGGCGGCCGUCUGCGAGAUUGUCGAACGAUUAAGCCCCCGACUGUACAUCGACUUUGUCCGCUAUCUGCCCACCGAAGUCUGCCUCAAGAUACUUAACUUCCUCGACCCCAACUCUUUGAUCAACGUCAUCCGCACCUGCAGAGCUUGGCAUGAGCUCUCUCUCGACUACAAACUUUGGGAGCGAAUGUACCAUCUCGAGGGUUGGAAGGUGGUGCGCAGCGAGAUUACAAAAUGGGAGCAGCGGGUGACGCACGGUCUCACAGAGUCUAUAGGGCAUUUGCAGCGCAUGCAGAGUACGGAUGGGCACUCCAGCAAGAUUCGACGGGUGGCGCGGGAUGAUGGCGACACUGACAUAUCCAUGUCCGACAGCAGUGAGCGUACACGAGGCGACUCCAGUAGCAAUUUUGGCGCUGGUGGGGGGUCGCGGAGCAUCUUCAGUUCCCCAGACUCGUCUUUCUCCAAUAGCCGCAUGGUCGCGGCCUUCCCAGACGGUCCGGGUCAAGAGGAGGGGAUAUCACGAAGUUCAACGGCAGACCGAUCACGACGACGCGACCUGUGUGCGACUCCAGAGAAUAUACUACCUCCCACGUUGACCGCACAUAACCCCCAACGCUUACGAAGAUCGACUCUUUGGACUUGGGAUGCGCGUGAAUCCCGUUAUCGAAUCAACUGGAAAUACCUAUACAACAUGAGGCGGCGCCUCGAGUCGAAUUGGGAACUCGGGAAAGCAGUACCCUUCACCCUACCACAUCCAAAAUAUCCCGAGGAAGGCCAUCACGAAUGCAUUUACACCCUCAUGUACGACAGCAACUUUCUCGUGAGUGGGAGCCGGGACAAGACUAUGAGGGUUUGGAAUAUGCACACGCGGAGACUAAUGAGGGCGCCUCUGACCGGUCAUCGCGGUUCAGUGCUGUGCCUGCAAUUCGACGCAGAUCCUGCCGAGGAUCUACUCGUUUCAGGGAGCAGUGAUUCGGAUAUCAUUGUGUGGAAGUUCUCUACCGGCGAGAUCCUCCAGAAGAUUACCAAAGCCCAUUACGAAUCUGUGCUCAAUGUCAAGUUUGACAAGGACGUUCUGAUCACCUCAUCCAAGGACAAGAGCAUCAAGAUCUUCAAUCGGAAACCGCUGCGAUUUGGUGAACUCGGGUACGAUUCUGAUGUGUUCCUCCCCGCCGUCAAGAAGCUUCAGUACAUGGGGUAUGAGCCAGAGCUGGCCCGCGAACUCCCCGUCAAACCACCAUUCUCCAUGAUCGGGAGGUUGGAAGGCCACGGUGCUGCUGUGAACUCCAUCGCCAUCCGAGGGCGUCAGGUUGUCUCAGUGUCUGGUGACAGGCACGUCAAGGUGUGGGACUGGCCGACUAUGACCUGCACCAUGACCAUACCCGCACACGAGAAGGGAGUUGCAUGCGUUGAAUUUGACGGUCGAAGAAUCGUGAGCGGCAGCAGUGACUGCGCUGUCAGCAUCUUCGAUGCCCCGACGGGUGUUAACAUCGCCACUCUCAAGGGCCAUCAACAGCUGGUGCGCACUCUGCAAGCUGGCUUUGGCGAUCUACCUUAUAGCCGGCACCAGGAUGUCGUUGAUGCGAGGCGGAUCAACCAAGACUUCUUGGAGGCUGUCAACAGUGGCCGCAUUGACCUUGAAGACCCGAGACCCCGCGCACGUGAAGCCAGCGCUGGUGGAUCACGACCUGAAGACAUCCACGCAUAUGGAAAUCUUAGUUUGCCCCCAGAUGGCGGUGGCGGCAGGAGGUAUGGCCGGAUCGUUUCUGGUUCAUACGAUCAUAGCAUCAUCAUCUGGCGGCGGGAUAAAGAGGGUGUUUGGAAACCGGCGCAUCGUCUCCGUCAGAACGAAGCUGCUACGGCUGCGCACCAGCGGGCCGUGGAGGAACUCGAGAAUCCCGACCCUGUGGCGAGACUGGCCCAGCAAAGCAGCGUCCUCGCGCAAGCGCCUGGUCUGGGACAAAUCUCUCUUCCAAUGCCCAACGUCCAUGAUUCACAGCCCUACCUGUCAUCGGGAAUCUACACCGCGCUCAUCGACCAAGUCGUUCCUUCUGGAUCAUCGAUGCUGCAACAAGCGCUUGCGAAUUAUCCAGGUCUCUUGGCCCAUUACACAUAUCUACAAAAGGCCAUUGAUCGAGAGACAUCACAGGAUAUGCGGCGUGACCUGCGACUGGUGGUGGAGGCAGCGGUGAAUGGGCUACAGACUGCACGCAGACUGCAGCGGCAGGAAAGCAUGGCAUCGAACAUGUCAAUGGCACCUACGGCAGGUUCUACAGUCUCCCAGGGCGUGGCAUCGGUCAGACAAGGCUCGCAGACCUCGACGACUGAUAACGAUGGUGAUGCGCCAAUGCCCGCUGCGCCACUAGCACAGACGCCAGCGCCGCCGGCCGAACCUCAUCAGCACCACACCGUGCCAAGCAACGUUCCAACCCUGCACGCCAAUCCACCCGCAAACGCGCUUCACCCGGGUCAGCCAUUGCCCUUUGCAGACAAUGCGUCGUGUCGCGUGUUCAAGCUCCAGUUCGACGCACGCAAACUUAUAUGCUGCAGCCAGGCCUCGAUCCUGGUGGGAUGGGAUUUCUGCAACGGAGAUCCCGAGCUAGAGGAAGCCAGUCGCUUCUUCGCGGCGAUUGACUGACUGAAUAGUCGUGUGUAUAGCAUGUCUCACGGUACAUACCUGUCCCAUAAAAAUUACUACCAAGCCGACGAUAUCCAUGAUAAGCGGAG